UUCUCAUCCUUCAUUAUCAAACAUAAAUCGUUUGAGUAGAUCUUUACGUUGUAGUGUUACUACUAAAAGAUGGGUUCGAAGAUCCUAGGCCUCUUGGCCAUGCUCCUUUUCAUCUCCUCAGGGGUGGCAGCCAGGGAUUUGAAAGACGAUGAGAUUGUAAGAGAGAGAAAUCAACUGGGUGGUGGUGGUGGUAGUUUGGGGGGUUACAUUGGUUUCGGUGGUGGGCCUGGUGGUGGGAACCGUGGGCCUGGUGGUAUCUACGGUGGGCCUGGAGGUGGCUAUUUUCCACCUGGCUACUUCCCACCUCGUAACUACUACCCACCUCGUAACUACUACCCACCUUACUUCCCUCCUGGCGGCGGUAGAUUUGGUGGCUUCUACCCUCCUGGCUUCUUCCCUGGCAUCGGUGGUGGCAGUGGCAACUUCCCUGGCGGUGGUGGUUUUGGUGGUUAUGGUGGCAGCUUCCCUGGUACCGGUGGUUUUGGUGGAUUCCCUCCUCGUGUCAUCCCUGGCCAAGGGUAAAGGCUAAUGUGUACUGUACUGAGAGGUUGCUUAAGCUGCUAGCUGCACAAAUGGUCCACACACUGUAGUUUCUAUACAUGUAUACUUUUUACAAAUUAAUGUUUCAUCAAUAAAAUCUCCUACGUCUUUGGGAAAGGAAAGGAGCCUUGUCUUUUCUCCUCACCUUUCAUACCACUAGGGCUCAAUAAUACGUUGUACGUUCUGCAUGCGUACUAAUUAUGUGAUUAGUUUAAGAGGAAACUCAAAUAUUAGUAUGCAGAAAUAGGUUGUCACAGUUCCUGCUUUUACACCUAGUACUCUUACUAUUGUAUUGUAUCCUCUCUGUUGUUAUUUUAUUAAAUUUUAUAAGCAAUCCUCUCUGUUGUUAAGUGUA